AUGGGGUCGACCUCGCUUGCGCACACGGCACCCGCAUCUUCGGUUGCGGGAGGCUCAUACCGGCAGGGAAGGCUCAGAUACGCAAAUGCGCAGGACCUGCCUAGCUUCCCCUCGACUGGCCUAAAGAAGGACAGCGCCGCUGCCAGCGCCGCUGCUUCUCUGGGCUGGGCAAACAGCAAAUCCCCCGAGGCCUGGAAGCCCGACCCUCUGUCUUCCUCGGCUUCGGCCGCUGCCCUCCUCGCCAGCGACGGCAGGGCCACGUCCGCUUCCGUCUCCCCCCCCGCCCCCACAGCUUCGGCUUCGGCUUCGGCUUCCACCACCCCCUGGGAGCCCCAGUACAGCUCGGCCGGGUCCCAGGCUGCCAUCCUCGCUGCCAGCUCGGCCAAGCGCCACCAGCAGCAGAAGUCUCUACCACCGUCCAUGUGGGGCAACUCCGCCGCCAACCUGGCCUUCAAGGCGAGCAAGACGCCGCCGCCCCCCGCUACCGAGACGCUGGGCCUCGCCCGCCACGGCUCCAUGCACGCCGCCAAGGGUGCCAUGGCGGGUUUACGGCCGAGGUCUAUAUCAUCUCCUCAGAAUCCCAGGGAGCUAUAUCCCGACCAGGCCAAUGCCGCCUCCAAUGCCCUCAGCGCUGCUACCAUUGCCCACCGUCCCUCCACACGUGCAAGCGCCCCCGCACCUUUAGGCGACGCCGGCGCCAUCCCCUAUACCACCAUGAACAGGCUGAUGUUCACCUCGCACCCACCCGUCAAGCCUGAGACGGACGAGCAGAACCGCGCCGAUGUCAUACACGCCUCCGCACUGGCCAUGGCCAAGCGCAUGUUUACCCAGCAGCAAAAGAUGAUCGAUACCGCGCGGGCACAUGCUUCUGCCCAAGUUUUCGGCGGCCCGUCAAGCCCACACGGCGAAGAGCAGAUCCCGACGAGCUACGGCACCCUUCAAGAGGCGGCGUAUCGCCUCGCUCAGGAGCGCCUCGCCAAGCUCGAGGAAGAGCACCAGAACAACCGUGGCUACCAAGAGUACUACAGCUCUUCCGGCGUGCCCCAGCGCAGCGCGUUUGGGUCAAUUCGUGGUAAACUCACUAGGAGACGCUCAGCCAGCGAUGGGGAUUUGGUCGAGGACCAGCGGCGGUCGCAACACAUUCGCAAGCAGAUGUCACUUUUUAACACCAAGCUUACCGAAGUAGAUGAACAGAAGAGAACCCGGGACCGCGAGGCUCUGCUUGCAGCUGCGCAGCGGAACGUGAAGGCCCAAAUGAAGGAUAUGGAUGACAAACUAUCCGCCAAUGCUCCCCGGACAGCGCCGGUCAACAUGGGCGACUGGGAGGUCAAGGCGCACACGGCGGCACAGGCAAGAUUCGAUGCUACCAGGAACGAAAAUGAGGGCAAGAUUGAUCUUGGCGGGGGCAAAUUCAUUAACCAGAACGAGGUGGACGAGAUCGCUGCUAAAAGGAUUCAGCCUAUCCUCGACGAGAUAAACGAGAAGGCGGAACGCGAACGAGAGAGGAGGGCACUGCUAAAGCUGGAGGAGGAUAAGCAAAAGGAGGAGACAGAGAGGAAUAAGAUAAGAGAAAGGGAGGUUCAGGAGAUACACAAGAAGCUCAAAGAACAACAAAAGGAUGACGAGAAAGCCAGACUCGCAGAAAUCAAGCAGGAAGAAAAGAGGCGGAAAGAGGAAGAGAAGGCUGCAAAGGCCGAGCAGAAACAGAUUGUCAAAGAUGGAAAGCAGAAGGAAAAUGAGGUGCUAGUUGUGCCCAUAGCGGUGGCCACCGCCGCGACGACCACAGGGGAAGAGACGGAGCAGGCGAAGGCCGAAGCCGUUCUUAAACCGAGCCCGACAUCAGACGUUCCCGGGAUUGGAGAGAAGACAGCGACAACUGGUGGCGGACGUUCACAUGCGCUUUCCAUCUCAUUUCAUAAACGACAAAAGCAAAAGAGCGGUAGAGAAGCUUCAGCUUCAACCGAGAAGCCGCCGGCUUCCGAUGGCGAGCAACAGCCUCCUACAUCUCCAACCAGCAAGGUAAAAUCCUGGCUUCGGAACCGACUGCCUCGCCCUCGGGCCAAGUCGUCAGGGGCGGCGACUGAUGCGCCUUUGGCGGACCAAGAUCCGACCGCUAAGGACAACGGCGGCGGGUUCAUCGGCGGUGCCAAGCUUCGCAAGACGAGCGGAAGCAACCCGUCGGUUGACGAUAACAACAACACGAGGCACAGUCGCAGCGAGAGUGUCAGCACCAGCAUGCGCGAGGUCGCCGUGGCAGGACGGGGCGAGGACGAAGUCGGCGAGAGCGCCACCGCCACCGCCACCGCCGCUGCCGCCAGAGCGAGAACCCCGUCACCCCUCGGCGGCGACGGCAACGGCGACGGUGAUUCUCGCAAGGGCGUGCCCAAUGGGUCUGUCAGUAGCAUGGGCAGCAGCAGCGACAGCAGUAUGGACAGGUUUGAGGAGGCCCGCAGCGAGCAGAGCCGUCCCGUGACGCCACCGCUGAGGGCCAUCAAGGCCGCUGUGGCGGCGUCGGUGUCGUCUGGUGGUCGGUCAAGUCCGUUUAGGGAGUCGCGCUUCUCGGAGAACCUAGCGUGAAAUAAAAGGAGGUCGGAAGUUGAGAUUGGCUUUAUACCCGGCAGCUUGUCAGUAACUUGGGUGGGUUGGAUUGGAUUGGGCGGGUAUUGUACUGUACACUUUAUCCACCCCCCCUAGAAUAGCCUGUUUUGCUCGCUCGUUCAGCUGCGGUGUUUAUUGAGCUAGUGUGUGACAGAAGCUGUACAUGAAGUGUUACGAAGGACCUUUCUUUAGUUGACUAAGUAUUAUAUUGUUUAUCUUGUAUUGAACUGGCUCAGUUUGUUACCCAUGUUU